UGCCAACAAUAUGAUGUUGGUUGAAUGAUUGUCUGCUUUCGAAGUAUUGACAAAUGGCGGAGUCCUCCGCUAGUGAAACUGCGAGAUACAUAUACGUUCAUGAUGUCGAAAAGGGUCCUCUUGAAGCCAUUGAUGUCCACCAUAUUGUGGUUCGAAAGAGCAGUCCAAAGGGUUUCAUAGUGGUCCUAUGUACUCUUCUUCCUAUAGCAACUUCAUGCCUUCUCUUUCUGAUUAAGUUCCGAACUAAAACUGGUGGAAUGGAACAGGAAGUUUAG